AUGGAUUUUGCCAGACUUGAUUCAGUUCUCAGUCGCAUCGCUUUACAACACGGGAUAUCAGAAGAAACACUGUUGGCAGAGUGGCUUGAGAGGCGGGAAGUUACAGAUUCUGAGCAUUGGAAGCAGCUCAAUGGCAUCCCUUGCAUUAUUGGGGGGCUGAAUGCACUUCUUGGCAUGCUCGAAGGUUGUGGGGGGACAUUUCCGUGGAAGACAUUACCCACCAUUCUAGCCCGCCGUGGCUGCACCCUCCACCACUACCCCAAGAAUGUGCUUAUGCCCGGCAAGAAACGCCCAAUGCUUGCCAGGAGCAAGGGUAUCCACAAUCUCACACUCCAUGAGCAGGACCUACUUGCUGACGCACUGAGAACCAAUUCCAUUACCAUUCAACACAUCACUAACAAUAACUCCCGACGGAAAAUCCAGAUCUCCCGCGAACCGAUCAUCUUCGGAGAGGCGCCUGAAUAUGAUUCGCCAGACCUGCAUGGCCGAAGGGGGCUUGCUCGUCUCAUGAUGGUUGAGACAUCUUCAGAGCCAUCUCUUGUCUUGUCUCCACCCGCACCUUCUCGCCGGCUUCCUCCAGAGCCAUCUCUUGUCUUGUCUCCACUGGCACCUUCUCGUCGGCUUCGACGGUGGAUUCCUCGUCUCAUGAGGGCUGAGACAUCUCCAGAGCCUCCCUCAGAGCCAUCUCUUGUCCUGUCUCCACCCGUCCCUUUUCAUCGGCUUUGUCAGCAGAAACUACGAGUACUAUCACCUGAGGAUUCUCCUGUUGUGUCUCCUGUGCCUUCAUGUCAUCGGAAACACCAAGUUUUUGUGGAGUUGCCCCUUGCCCCCUCCCUCCUGGAGGUUGAAAGCGACACAGUGGCACUCCUCUUCGCCUCAACUGCGGAUGACACUGAGGAGGAAGAAGUUGACGGGCUGCUCAGCCAGCUUUUGGGACUGUGA